AAUAAGAGGAGAUGCAAUCACUUUCAUACAAAAGUUGUUAAGGGGGGCACCAGGGUUGGAGCUGUAGGACUCUGAGCUAAGCCAAUCAUAGUAGAGCAUCAUCCUUACUUGAUCAGUGUCAAUUAAGAGUAUGUGGUUCAUGGCCAAGGGCUAGAUAGUUCUUCUUUUAUUAAUGAAAAGAGCAACUAAGGAGUCCAGUAAGCUUCACAAUUAGCUUCCAGUGUUGUUUCUCAGCCUUUUGUAUGUUAAUAUUAUGACAAACCAAGUCAUGAAUAUAAAGUAUCAAGACAUCUGGUGAGUCUCCAGAGCCAUCCAUCUCUGCUCUAUGACCAAUGUGUAUAUACCCUCUUUUGGCAAGAAUGGCAAAGAUGUGGGAUCCACAGGAAAUGUGGGCCGGGGAAAGGGUGGCUUCAGCUGGUGAUCUGUUGCAGAACUAGGUAUGAGCCACAGGGAUCUGGAUCUGGGGGAACAGAGUUCACCUCUGCCUUUUAUGCUCUUCCUGCUACAUCUUUCUUAAUGAUCCCUGAGAAAUGGGAGAAGAUUGAGCUAUAAAUGUUGCUUUAAUUCCAUCCAUUUGCUUGCAGACCUAAUGAUUUCAUUGUUUUUCUCUGCUGAGUACUACUCCAUUGUGUAUAUGUACUACAUUUUCUUUAUCCAUUCUUCAGUUGAGGGGCAUCUAGGUUGUUUCCAGGUUCUAUCUAUUACAAAUAAUGCUGCUAUGAACAUAGUUGAGCAUAUGUCCUUAUGGUAUGAUUAAGCAUUCCUAGAGUGGUAUAGCUGGGUCUUGAGGAAGAUUGAUUCCCAAUAUUCUGAGAAACUGCCAUACUGAUUUCCAAAGAGACUGUGUAAGUUUUCACUCCCACCAACAGUGGAGGAUUGUUUCCCUUGCUCUGCAUCCUCUCCAACAUAAGCUGUCUUCAGUGUUUUUGAUCUUAGCCAUUCUGACAGGUGUAAGAUGGUAUCUGAGUCAUUUUGAUUUGCAUUUCCCUAAGGAUGUUGAGCAAUUCCUUAAAUGUCUUUCAGCCAUUUGAGAUUCUUCUGUUGGGUUUUCUCUUUUUAGCUCUGUAGUCCAUUUUUUAAUUGGAUUGUUCGUUAUUCUGAUGUCCAGUUUCUUGAGUUCUUUAUAUAUUUUGGAGAUCAGCCCUCUGUCAGAUGUGAGGUUGGUGAAGAUCUUUUCCCAUUCUGUAGGCUGCUGUUUUGUCUUAUUUACUGUGUCCUUUGUAUUACAGAGGCAUCUCAGUUUCAGGAGAUCCCAUUUGUUAGUUGUUGCUCUCAGUGUCUGAGCUACUGGUAUUAUAUUUAGAAAGUGAUCUCCUGUGCCAAUGCAUUCAAAACUACUUCCAACUUUCUCUUCUAUCAAGUUCAGUGUAAGUGGUUUUAUAUUGAGGUCUUUAAUCCACUUGGGCUUGAGUUUUGUGCAUGGUGAUAGAUAUGUAUCUAUUUGCAAUUUUCUACAUGUUGACAUCCAGUUAUGCCAGCACCAUUUGUUGAAGAUGCUUUCUUUUUUCCAUUGUACCGUUUUGGCUUCUUUGUCAAAAAUGAGGUGUUCAUAGGUGUGUGGCUUGAUGUCAGGGUCUUCAGUUCGAUUCCAUUGGUCCACAUGUUGGGUUUUGUGUCAGUACCAAGCUGUUUUUAUUACUAUAGUUCUAUAGUAGAGCUUGAGGUCAGGGAUCAUGAUGCCUCCAGAGGUUGCUUUAUUGUACAGGAUUCUUUUAGCUAUCCUGGGUUUUUUGUUUUUCCAAAUGAAGUUGACUAUUGUUCUGUCCAGGUCUGUGAAGAAUUGUGUUGGUAUUUUGAUGGGGAUUGCAUUGAAUCUGUAGAUUGCUUUUGGUAAGAUUGCCUUUUUUACUAUCCAUGACCAUGGGAGAUCUUUCCAUUUUCUGCUAUCUUCUUCAAUUUCUUUCUUCAGAGACUUCAAGUUCUUGUCAUACAGGUCUUUCACUUGCUUAGUUAGAGUUACCUCAAGGUAUUUUAUGUUAUUUGUGUCUAUUGUAAAGAGUGAUGUUUCUCUGAUUUCUUUCUCAGCCCAUUUGUCAUUUGUAUAUAGGAGGGCUACUAAUUUUUUUGAGUUAAUCUUGUAUCCUGCCACAUUACUGAAGGUGUUUCUCAGCUUUAGGAGUUCCCUAGUGGAAUUUUUGGGGUCACUUAUGUAGCCUAUUAUAUCAGCUGCAAAUAAUGAAAGUUUGACUUCUUCCUUUUCAAUUUGUAUCCCGUUGAUCUCCUUUUGUUGUCUUAUUGCUCUAGCUAGAACUUCAAGUACUAUAUUGAAUAAAUAUGGGGAGAGCAGACAACCUUUUAUUGUUCCUUAUUUUAAUGGAAUCACUUUGAGUUUCUCUCAAUUUAAUUUGAUGUUGACUUGCUGUAAAUUGCGUGUAAAUUAUUAUGUUUCAGUAUGUUCUUUGUAUUCCUGAUCUCUCCAAGACCUUUAUCAUGAAGGGGUGUUGAAUUUUAUCAAAGGCUUUUUCAGCAUCUAAUGAGAUGAUCAUGUGGUUUUUUUCUUUCAUUUUAUUUAUAUGGUGUAUGACAUUGACAGAUUUUUCUAUGUUGAGCCAUUCCUGCAUCUCUGGGAUGAAGCUAACUUGAUCAUAGUGGAUAAUUUUUUGAUGUGUUCUUGGAGUCUGUUUGCCAAUAUUUUAUUGAGUAUUUUUGCAUCAAUGUUCAUGAGGGAGAUUGGUCUAUAAUUCUCUUUCUUUGUUGCAUCUUGGUGGUUUGGAAAUAGAAUAACUGUAGCCUCAUAAAAAGUUUGGUAAUGUUCCUUCUGUUUCUAUUGUAUGGAACAAUUUGAAGAGUAUUGGUAUUAUCUCUUCUUUGAAAAUCUGGUAGACUCCUGCAUUGAAACCAUCUGUUCUUGGGCUUUUUUUUUGGUUGGGAGACUUUUAAUGACUGAUUCUAUUUCUUUAGGGGUUAUUGGUCUAUUUAAAUUGUUUAUCUGGUCUUGAUUUAACUGUGGUGUGUGGUACCUAUCUAGAAAAUUGUCCAUUUCUUUUAGAUUUUGCAGUUUUGUGGAGUACAGGUUUUUGAAGUAUGGCUUGAUGAUUCUCUGGAUUUCCUUGUUGUCUGUUGUUAUGUCUCCCUUUUCAUUUCUGAUUUUGUUAAUUUAGAUACACUCUCUCUGCCUCUUGGUUAGUUUGGAUAAGGGCUUGUCUAUCUUGUUGAUUUUCUCACUUUGUUUCAUUGAUUCUUUGUAUUGUUCUCUUUGUUUCUAUUUUAUUGAUUUCAGCUCUCAAUUUGAUUAUUUCCUGGUAUCUAUUCCUCCUUAGUGACUUUGCUUCUUUUUGUUCUACAGAAUUUAAGUUUGCUGUUAAGUCACCAGUAUGAGAUUUCCCCAACUUCUUUAUGUGUGCAUUUAGUGCUAUGAAUUUUCCUGUUAGCACUGCCUUCAUAGUGUCCCAUACGUUUGGGUAUGUAGUGCAUUCAUUUUCAUUCUAUUCUAGGAAGUCUUUCUUUCUUAUUUCUUCUUUGACUCAUUGGUGAUUCAGUUGAUCAUUAUUCAGUUUCCAUAAUAUUGUAGGCUUUCUGUAAUUUUUGUUGUUGUUGUUGUUGUUUUUGUUUAACCUAACUUUAAGCCAUGGUGAUCUGAUAAGAUACAGGAGGUUAUUCCAAUUGUUUUGUAUCUGUUGAGAUUUGCUUUGUUGCCAAGCAUGUGGUUGAUUUUAGAGAAGGUUCCAUGGGGUGUUGAGAAGAAGGUAUAUUCUUUUUAGGGUGGAAUGUUCUGUAGAUGUCUAUUAAGUCCAUUUGAGUCAUAACAUCUGUUGGUUCCCUUAUUUCUCUGUCAAGUUUCAGUCUGGUAGAUCUGUCCAGUGGUGAGAGUGGGGUGUUGAAGUCUCCCACUACUAGUGUAUGGGGAUUUAAUUGAUGUAUGACUUAAGCUUUAGUAAUGUUUCUUUUACAAAUGUGUGUGCCCUUGUAUUUGGGGCAUUAAUGUUCAGAACUGAAACUUCAUCUUGGUGGAUCUUUCCUGUGAUGAGUAUGCAAUGUCCUUCCCGAUCUCUUUUAAAUGAUUUUAGUUUGAAGUCUAUUUUUGUUAGAUAUUAGGAUAGCUACACCAGUUUGCUUCUUAAGUCCUUUUCAUUGGAAAGUCUUUCCCCAGCCUUUUACUCUGAGGUACUGUCUGUCUUUGAAGAUGAGGUGUGUUCCUUGUAUGCAGCAGAAAGAUGAAUCCUGAUUUCAUAUCCAUUCUGUUAGCCUGUGUCUUUUUAUAGGUGAAUUAAGUCCAUUGAUAUUAAGGGAUAUUAAUGACCAGUGAUUGUUAAUUCCUGUUGUCUUUUGGUGGUAGUAUGUGUGUGUUUCCCUUCUUUAGGAUUUACUGCUGUGGGGUUAUCUAUUGCCUGUGUUUUCGUGGGUAUAUCUGACUUCCUUAGGUUGGAAUUUUCCUUCUAGUGCUUUCUGUAGGGCUGGAUUUGUGGAUAGGUAUUCUUUAAAUCUGGUUUUGUCCUGGAAUGUCUUGUUCACUCCGUCUAUGGUGAUUGAAAAUUUUGCUGGUUAUAUUAGUCUAGGCUUACAUCCAUUGUCUCUUAGUGUCUGCAUUACAUCUGUCCAGCACCUUCUGGCUUUCUAAGUCCCCAUUGAGAAGUCAGGUGUUAUUUUGAUGGGUCUGCCUUUAUAAGUCACUUGGCCUUUUUCCUUUGCUGCACUUAAUAUUCUUUCUUCAUUCUGUAUGUUUAGUGCUUUAACUAUUAUGUGAGGAGAGGACUUUGGGGGGGGGGGUCUAGUCUAUUUGGUGUUCUACAAGCUUCUUAUAUCUUCAUAGGCAUUUCCUUCUUUAAGUUGGGAAAGUUUUUUUCUAUGAUUUUGUUGAAUAUAUUUUCUGUGCCUUUGAGUUGGUAUUCUUCUCUUUCUUCUAUCCCUAUUAUUCUUAGGUUUGGCAUUUUCAUGGUAUCCUAGAUUUCCUGGAUGUUUUGUUAUGACUUUUUUGGCUUUGGUAUUUUCUUUGACUGAUGAAUCUAUUUCUCUAUUGUAUCCUCUAUACCAGAGAUUGUCUCUUCCAUCUCUUGUAUUCUGUUGGUUAUGCUUGCAUCUGUAGUUCCUGUUCAUUUACUCAGAUUUUCUAUUUCCAGCAUUCCCUCUGUUUGUGUCUUCUUCAUUGUUUUAUUUCACUUUUCAGGUCUUGAACUGUUUUCUUUACUUGUUUAAUUGUUUUUUCAUGGUUUUCUUGGCUUUCUUUAAAGGAUUUAUUGAUUUCUUCCAAUUUUUUGUUUGUCUUGUCCCCGAUUUAUUUAAGGGAAUUUUUCAUUUCCUCUUUAAAGGCCUCUAGCAUCUUCAUGAAGUUAUUUUUAAGGUUGCUUUCUUCUGCUUCUUCUACAUUGUGAUGUUCAGGUCUUGCUGUUGUUGAGCUAGGUUCUGGUGAUGCCCUACUUUUCUUUACGUUGUUGUAUAUAUUUUUGCAUUGGCAUCUACCUAUCUCUUCUUCCAAGAGGUGCAAGAGGUGCCUUUGUCUGAGCAAGCUGCUUUUGGUCCAAUUUGUGCUUUCUGUGUCUGGGUCUCAGGGAGCCCCUCUCAUUGCAAUCUUAGCUCUUGAUCUAAUGGAGCUGGCAUAUUUAGUAUGUCAGGGAGCUGCUCUUGGUCCAAUCCAAGCUAGCUGAUUCUGUGGCUUAUGGAGCCACUCUUGGUCUUAUCAGGGCUCUUGAUCCAGUCAGAGCUGGCAGAUUCUGUAUCUUAGGAAGCCACAGGUGUUGCAGAGGAAUGGGUAUUGAGGUAGGGCAUCUGUCUUAUGAAUUGCUGGGUUCAAUGGGGGGUUUUGGUGGGAAGCCUGCCCACAGAAGUCUUUCCUGCUGGCCAGAAACUGGGGCAGAAAUGGGUGGGUGUUCCCAGGGACUGGUUGUAUCCCAGGGCUUAGGUUCUAGAGCUUCUUGCUUUCUUUAAGGGAUUUAGUCACUUCUUCUAAGGACCUCUAUCAUCUAAAAGUUUGUUUUAAGGUCUUUUAUUGUUCUUCAUCUUUGUUGGAAUAUUCAGAGCUUGCUGUAGUAGAAUAACUGAGCUCUGGUGGUGACAUAUUGCUCUGGCUGUUGUUGAUUGUGUUCUUAAGCUGGCGUCUAGGUAUAUAGGUUUGGGGUAAUUAUAGAUCUAGGUGACUGAGUUUGUUUUUGUUGGAUGGGUGUUUUGUACCUAGGUCUGUAUUUGCUUUCUGGUCUUCUGGUCUAUAUGAGCUAUGGUACUGAGGUUUCCUUCCCACCCACGUUGGGGACUGGAAAUCUGGUAGCAGGUAUGGCCUUUGUUCCAGCAGGGAAUCUUGGUCCAAGUGUGGUCUGAGAAGAGGCAAAGAAGGAAGUGUAAGUAGAGGGGCACUGUGAGAUUGGGGGAGGUCUGUGGGCAGGGGGGCUACAUGGACUUCUGGUAGCUGGUGUGUUCUUUGUUAGAGCAGGCCAUUUCCACCCUAGUUGGGAGCUAGGACACAGCAACAAGGAGUGAAGUGGGAUUGGGGAUAGUGUUGGACUUUAAUAGUGAAGGAGGUUCAUGAGUGGGCAGCCUACCUGGAUUUCUGGUGGCUGGUGUGGACUCUAGUCCAGCAGGGAGUCUUUACCUGGGUUUGUCUCCCUGUUCUUCUAGCUUGUAUGGUCUGCACUUGAGCAUGGGAUGUCUGUAUGAGUUGGAGGCUGGGACACAGCCACAUUCCUCUCUUUCUGAAUGAGAAUGUAUGCUGUGUCAUUGUAUGUUGCAAAGAUUUAAUUUGUUUCUUGAUUUUACAAGAUGUCACAGUCAAAAGAUUGUCUUGAGUAUCAGAAGAUACUUGGGACAUUUGAACAUGUUGGGCUGUUACAGACUAUGAUGGUCAUUGAAAUUUGAAUAAUUGCUUUUUCAUUUCUUUUUUGUUGUUUUUCUUUUUUUAUUUAUUCUCUCAUAUAAUACAUCCUGACUACAACCUCCCCUACCUUCACUCCUCCCAGUCACCCCUCCUUCUGACUCCCCAAGUUAUACUGCUCCUCUCAUUCCCUUCAAAAAAGAGCAGGCCUCCCAGGGAUAUGAACUGAACAUAUCAUAACAAGAUGCAAUAAGACUAGGCACAAACACUCAUAUGAAGGCUGGAUUAGGCAACCCAGUAAGAAGAAAAGGGUCCAAGAGCAGGCAAAUGAGUCAGACACACCCCCACUCCUACUGUUAGGAGUUCCACAAACACACCAAGGUGAACAACCACAGCAUGUAGGCAGAAGACUUGGCACAGACCCAUGCAGGCUCCAUGAUUGCUGCUUCAGUCUCUGUGAGUCAUUAUGAUACCUGCUUAGUUGAUUCUGUGGGCUGUGUUCUCCUUGUGUCCUUGAUCUCUCUCCCUCCCCACUUCUUCUGCAUGGUUCCCAGAGCUCUAAUUAAUGUUUAAUUGACAUUAAUGUUCUGCAUCUCUCCCAUCAGCUGCAGGAGGAAGCACCUCUGAUGACAAUUGGGCUAGGUACUGGUAUAUGAUUACAGCAGAAUAUAAUUAGGCAUCAUUUCAUUGACUUUUUUUUUCUUUUGGUCAGUUGCUUAUGGUUCUACCCUAGUCCUCUGAUCCAUCCAACUUCUGGUUCCUGUUCAUCUGGGCAGUGUUGGACACGGGCUCCCUUUUUUGGCUUGGGCCUUAAGUUAAACCAGUCAUUGGUUGGCCACUACACAAACUGUGAGCCACCAUUGCUCCAGCAUAUCUUGCAGACAGGACAAGUGUGAGUCAAGUAGUUUGUGGCUGGAUUGGUGUCCUAGUCUCACCACUGAGAGACUUAUGUGGUUACAGAAGAUGGCAAGUUCAAGUUCAGGCUCUGUAUUUUUGAUUACUUAGAAUCCUCACUAGGGUCACCCUCAUAGCUUCCAGGAAGUUUCCACUGCACUGGGUUUUCACAUCACCCUCUAAAACCUCCCCUAUUCAACUCAUCUCUCCCUGUAUUCUCUCCCUCUGUCUGUUCCUUACCUGAUCCUUCCUGUGUUCCUUCCUCAGUCUACCCACAAAAUCUAUCUUCUCUUCCUAGGUGAAUCCAUGCAUUCACCCCCAAUACCCCCACAGCCAUCCUUGUUACUUAGCCUUUCUGGGUCUGUGGAUUGUACUACAAUUAUUCUUUACUUAACAGCUUAUAUCCACUUGUAAGUGAGUACACAUAUGUUUGUCUAUGUGGUUCUGGGUUGCCUCACUUAGGAUAAUAAAGAAUUCAAGACUCUUCUCUACAGUGGAAGCUUAGCAAGGUGUCCUGAGAGUAAGACUCCAUCCUGUUAGGCCUUCAAUUAAUGGAAGGAAUAGGCAAAGUGAUUCCUAGCCCCAGAAAGAAGUUUCAUAUAAAACCUGAUGCAAACUGUGGUCCAAGCUCAGCAGGGUCCAUCCCAAUCCAAACUUGUGCUGGUUCUGGAAAAAAAUAAUCAAAAAUUCAGGUCAUGGAUUCUAAGUCUGUGGUUUCAGUUCAGCCUUGAUGCAGGAAUCUAUAUUUUGCAGAGUCAGAGCCCCAGUGAGGAGACUGUGACAGUUCAUUUCAUGAUGCUGUGAGGAUGAAGCCUGGGUUGCCUUUUCAGACCACAAGAUGUUGAGAUACCUAAGGUGUGAGAUAUCUGCCAUGCAGAGCUGCACAUAGGGAGUGAAAGUAACCAAAGAGAGAGAUGUAUGAGAAGUUGCAGGGAAAAUGUGACUUCAAAACCCUUUGGAACUGAAGCCCCAUGUGUCUCAGACAGAGCUACUGGAUUUGGUGUUUGCCCUGCUAGUUUCACUGUUGCCUUGGUCCAAUCUUCUCUCACUGUGUCCCCUAUCCCCUUUUUGGAAUGGGAAUGAGUAUUCUGUGCCAUUGUACAUUGGAAAGAUAUAACGUGUUUUUCUGAUUUCACAAGACUUCACAGUCAGGCAAUUGUCUUGAGUGUCAGAAGAGACUUUGGACAUUUGAACUGUGUAAGAGCUGUUGAAGACUAUGGACACUGAAGUUAGACUAAAUGCAUGUUCAUCAUGGGAUGACCAUAAGUCUAUAGUGACCUAGGUCAGAAUCCAGAUAGGAUAAAGUAUUUGAACACUUGUCUCUCCUUGAUGACUUUCUUUGGGGUGCUUGUGGAGCCUUUAAUAGGAGGAACCUUUCUGGAUGAAAUUCCUCAUUGAGGAUGGGAUUUGAGUAUCUAUAGCCUUAACCAAUUUCCUCUUCUUUGUGUCCUGCUGUCAUGAUUUCACCACCAUUAUAGAUGAUAUCACUAAAUCACAUAAGAUACACCUGAAGCAAUUUAUAUUCAACGCCAAGCCAUUUUGCUAACCUGAUUUUUUUUUUAAUGUUGUUUUUGUUUUUGUGGACAAGGUUUCUCUGUGUAGCCCUGGCUGUCCUGAAAAUAGCUCUGUAGACCAAGAUGGCUGGCCUCAACUCAGAGAUCCCAUUGAUUCUGGAUCCUACAUGCUAGGAUUAAAGGUGGGCCAGUAUACCUAGGGUUUUGUUUCAUUUUGUUUUUAUAUUAGUGACUGCUGGGCCUGGAAUACAGGUUUUUAUACAUGUCAAGCAUAUGCUGUUGUGCUGAGCUUCAUCCAUGUCUUGAAUUUUGAAAUUUGGCAGAGGGUAUCAUUCUGUUUCUCAGGAUGGCAGUAUACUGCCUGAGCCUGCUGAGUCACUGGAUUGCAAGUGUGUUACUUUCUUUCUACAUAUUGUGUUUGUUUUGAAUUAUUUUGAACAAAUAUGAGUCUUUUGCCUGUAUACUGGGAUAUGCACCACAUGUAUGGCUGGUCCCCAGAGUAGUCAGAAGAUGGCCUCAGAACACCUGAACAUGGAAUAAUGGAUUGUUGUGAGCCCCAUAAUGCAGUGACCUAUGGUGAUGUGCAUGUUGACUUCACUGAGGAAGAGUGGGCUUUGCUGGAUUCUUCCCAGAAGAAUCUCUACAGAGAUGUGAUGCUGGAGACCUACAGGAACCUCACUACUAUAGGCUACAAUUGGGAAGACCAUAUUAUUGAAGAACAUUUUCAAAGUUCCAGAAGACAUCGAAGGUAUGAAAGUAGUCAUACUGGAGAGAAAACCUCUGAGUAUACUCAGUAUAGUAAAGACUUCGCAUAUCAUAGGCAUCUUCAAAGGCAAGAAAGAAUUCAUGCUGGACAGCAACCCUAUGAAAGUCUUCAAUAUAGUGAAAACUUUGUACGCCACAGUAGUCUCCGAAGAACAUAUACUGGAGUGAAACCCUAUGGAUGUAAUCAAUGUAGUAAAGCUUUUGCACAUCACAGUAGUCUCCGAGUACAUAAAAGAACACAUACUGGAGAGAAACCUUACAAAUGCAAUCAAUGUGAUAAAGCCUUUGUACGUCAGAGUAAUCUUCAGAAACAUAAAAGAACACAUACUGGAGAGAAACCCUACAAAUGUAAUCAAUGUGGCAAAGAUUUUGCAGAUCCCACUCAUCUUCAAGUACAUAAAAGAACACAUACUGGAGAGAAACCCUAUGAAUGUGAUCAAUGUGGGAAAGCCUUUUCACAAAAUAGUAGUCUCCAAAUACAUAAAAGAAUACAUACUGGAGAGAGACCCUAUGAAUGUGAUCAAUGUGGGAAAGCCUUUUCACAAAAUAGUAGUCUCCAAAUACAUAAAAGAACACAUACUGGAGAGAAACCCUAUGAAUGUGAUCAAUGUGCUGAAGCUUUUUCAUGUUACAGUGGUCUCCGAAUGCAUAAAGGAACACAUACUGGAGAGAAACCCUAUGAAUGUAAUCAGUGUGGUAAAGCUUUUGCACAUCAUAGUAGUCUCAGAGUACAUGAAGGAAAACAUACUGGAGAGAGACCCUAUGAAUGUAAUCAAUGUGGUAAAGCUUUUGCAUGUCAUGGUACUCUCCGACUACAUAAAAGAACCCAUACUGGAGAGAAACCCUAUGAAUGUAAUCAAUGUGGUAAAGCCUUUACAUUUAACAGUAGUCUCCGAUUACAUAAAAGAACACAUACUGGAGAAAAACCCUAUAAAUGUAAUCAAUGUGGUAAAGCCUUUGCACGUCAAAGUCAUCUGCAACUACAUAACAGAACACAUACUGGAGAGAAACCCUACAAAUGUCAUCAGUGUGAUAAAGCCUUUACAUGUAGCAGUAAUCUUAGAAUUCAUGAGAAAAAAUCACAUUGCAGAGAAACCUUAUAAAUGUUAUCAGUGUGGUAAACUGCACUUCAUGAUAGUCUUUAUACACAAGUAAAACUUUUAGUAUGUAAUUGGUCUGUUCAAGCUUUUGCAUAUUACAGUAAUCUUUGAGGACCUGAAAAAAAACUAGUACAGAAGGGAAUCUGACUAUGAAGGAUUUGGUAAGAUCUUUAGCCAACACACUUAUAUUUAGUUACUCAAGAUUAUUCUGGAGAAAAGAUCUGAUGUGUCAACAAUCUGUUCAAGUAUUAUGAUGUCCAUAUAAAUUAAUAUGAAGAGGUAACCCUUUUAGAUUUCACACCUCUCUUCAAUUAUGUGAAAUAAUUUAUCCAGGUAUAAAACUUUAUGGAUGUGUAUUAGUGCCUUUUCUGUUGCUGUGAUAAAACAUAAUGUCUAAGUCAACUUACAGAAGAGUUUAAUUUGGCCCUUGGUUGCAGAAUAUUACAGAUCACUAUGAAAAUGACAUGGCAACAAUUGUCAGAUGUGGUAGGUAAAGCAGAAAGCUAAGAACUCACAUCAUCAACCUGCAGCAUGAAGCAGAGAGUGGGAUCUGAAAAUGGUGUACAGAUGUAAAUUCUCAGACCCACCCACCCCCAGUGACAUAUUUCUUCCAACAGGACAGCAUUUCCUAAAUCUUCCCAAAUGAUACCACCAACUGAGAAGGAUUAAUUUCUCUGACUUCAAGUGUACAUGCUUGCUUUCUGUUACAUGAACCAAUUCAUGAUGAAGAAAAACCCUGUAAGCCUUCAGAUGCCUCAACACCUCUGUUACAGUAAUGAAUGCUUACAUGAGAAGAAUAUUCAUGAGUAAAAACUUUUUAAUGAUUUGUUUUCAUUUUAAAUUUGUGAUGUCAAUGUGCCUUUGUGGGUAUGUAUAUGUUUAUGCUGGUUCCCAAGAAGAUUAGACCCUGUAAUCUUUUUUUUUAAAGAUUUAAUUUUAUUAUGUAUACACUGUUCUGUCUGCAUGUAUGCCUGAAGACCAGAAGAGGGUGCCAGAUCCCAUUACAGAUGGUUGUAAGCCACCGUUGCUGGGAAUUGAACUCAGGACUUCUAGAAGAGCAGCCAGAUGUUCUUAAUCAUUGAGCCAUCUCUCCAGCCCCAACCCUGUAAUCUUGUACCAGGAAUUUCAGGAAAUUGUCAAAAACCUGACCUUGGUCCUGGGGAUGAAUUUGUCUUAACUGCUUGGGCAUGUCUCUCACCCUGUAAAUGUUCUAAAGACUUUAUAUGUCAACUUGAUGUUAGAAAAUAGAAAAAAACUCAUAUAAGAGAAAAAUCCUAUUCAUGUAAACAAUUUGAUAAAGACUUUAAACAUCGAAGUUGUCUUCAGUUUCAAGGAAAAAUGUUGUUUCAUCUCUUUUUCAUUAUAUCCUGAAAGAAGUAAAUUAUUUAUCAUGUUCAUGCAAGUGUAAUGGUGAAGAUCAACAUCUGUGGUUGAGUUUGUAUUUUGAAAUACUUGGAGUAGGUAUAGAAUUUGCUGUAUGUGUGGCAAAUCCAUUUAGUGAAGUUUAUUUUAUGGUCCUUGUAUUCCUUCUGUGGCUAUUGUUUAUCUUUUUGCACUUUCACUUGGUUGAUACAUAUUUUUCUGCUGCAUUGUAUAGAAUGUGAUGCCCAUCAUCUAAGUGAUCCAUUGUUUAUUAAGCAUCAGGCAGUGUUUGGUCAUACUUUUCAAUUAAGGGUAUCUGUGGAAGGGUCUUGGGUUGUUGUUCCUGGUUUUGUGUUUCAUAUAUUCACUAAUUCCCUUGAGAUGUUCUUUUUGUUAUCUGGCCUGGCUUGGAUAUCUGUAAUUAGUCAGGGAUACAGUUCAACUCUUGAUUCUCAUGUGUCAGCCUCUUGAACACAAGUCCAAGGAUAAAAGAUAUACCCCCAAUGUUUGCUGUUUUGUCUACACAUUUUAACAAUGUUAUGUUAAAAUGCCUAAUAGAAGAGAAUAUAAGAAAAAAAUACCUCGUGUUUAUCUAAUGCAGCAUUUUUAUCUCUCUGGCUGAGAUGUAAUAAAGUAUGAUAAUCAGCAAUUUACUGUAUAUCUCACAGCAUAGCUUGAUUUGAUAUGGAUAUGGAUAUAUUAUUUGAUAUUUAAUAUGUCUUCAUGUCCCCAUUAGUUGCCAAUUUGGCACUUCAUCUUGAAGUACUGCCUUCUAGGUGAAAUAUCUAAAGAUGCCAGAUAACAUAACAGCAAUGGGAUUUAUUUUCCAAAAAAUGUGGUGUGUGUUUGUAUUGUAAUUAUUGCUUUUUAGGUCAUGACAAAUAUGUGGAGACUAAAGACAACUUUGUGGAGUCUACUUUUCACCAUAUAUAUAUAUGGAUCUAUCAAGGUCAGGUACCAGCCCUGCACAUCACAGACAUUUUCCACCAAGCCUUCUCACUGAUUCACAAAUAAAAUUAGUUGAAACAUUGCAUCAAUAAAAUAUUGUCUUUUCAGAUUGUAAACAUUGCCAUCUCAGGAUGGAUAAAAACAGGACAAUUUGAAUAAUAAAUUGUAUUUGCAAAUGAAAAUGA